AUGGGAAGGUCACCUUGCUGCGAGAAAGCUCACAUGAACAAAGGAGCUUGGACCAAAGAAGAAGAUCAGCUUCUCGUUGAUUACAUCCGCAAACACGGCGAAGGCUGCUGGCGAUCUCUCCCUCGCGCCGCCGGAUUGCAGAGAUGUGGUAAGAGUUGUAGAUUGAGGUGGAUGAAUUAUCUAAGACCAGAUCUCAAGAGAGGUAAUUUCACAGAAGACGAAGACGAACUCAUCAUCAAGCUCCAUAGCUUGCUCGGUAACAAAUGGUCGUUGAUUGCUGGGAGAUUACCAGGAAGAACAGACAACGAGAUCAAAAACUAUUGGAACACUCACAUCAAGAGGAAGCUUCUCAGCCGUGGGAUCGACCCAAACAACCACCGUCCGAUCAACGAAUCCACUCCUUCGAAAACGACGCCGUCUGUAGUGGAGGAGCCUGUGCAAUUCGAUUUCGCCGGACCGGAUCAACUGCGGACGAUUAAACCGGAACCGGUGUUAUUAAACCGGGAAGAGGGUGAUAAUAGCGGAACGACGUCGGAGAAGGAUAUACAGACUGACGACGAUUGGGUGCUCAAUUUGGAACUCUCUGUUGGACCAGCGAGGACGACUCGUAGUAAAGCGAAUCCUAACUCGGCCGAGUCGACUCGACGGUGGGGCUCAGAGCUGUCCGGAACUCAGGCUGUUGUGUGUUUGUGUUGUCGGAUAGGGUUUCAUAACGAGUCGUGUCGGAAUUGUCGGAUUUCCGAUGUUAGAACAACCAUUUGGGAGUCGAAAAUUCUUUAG